AGGGAGAGAAAGAGCCUGAAGAAAGGGAGCGCAGGAGACGACAGACGACAGGAGGCGAAGGCUGAACGCAGACCCGACCCCACAGGAAGGAAAAAUGGCCAAUUUCACAGGAAGCUGGAAAAUGAAAAGCAGCGAGAAUUUCGAUGAGUUGCUGAAAGCUCUGGGUGUGAACGCCAUGCUGAGGACCGUAGCUGUGGCCGCCGCGUCCAAGCCCCACGUGGAGAUCAAGCAGAACGGCGAGCAGUUCUACAUCAAGACCUCCACCACAGUCCGCACCACGGAGAUCAACUUCCUCAUUGGUGAGGAGUUUAAUGAGGAGACGGUGGACGGCAGAAAGUGUAAGAGCUUGGCCACUUGGGAAACAGAAAACAAGAUUUACUGCAAACAGACUCUGCUGAGCGGGAACGGCCCCAAGACCUUCUGGAGCCGAGAGCUCAGAGGGGAGGAACUGGUGCUGAUCUUUGGAGCGGACGACGUGAUGUGCACGAGGAUCUACGUGCGUGCGUAGCAGAGCUCCAUGUCCAACAAAUAAUCAGUCAGUGUGAGAAGUUUCACAUAAAGAUUUCUGAUGAUGUUUCUCACAUUCAGUGUUUCGCAUUUUCUUUUUUUCCCAGCUGCUUUUUUCCCCCAUUUUUGUACAUAAUUUUGCAUUGGAAAUGAAAUGAUCAAAGUAUGAUUUGUUUUUGUGAUAUUGUUCAACUCAUGCUUUAGAGCUCCAGUGUGCGGACUCCAGACUUUCUUCUCUCAUAAAUAAUAAGUGGCACGUAUCAUACACAGGGUUUCUGGAGGGAAAACCUUCAGUUCUGUUUCUAAUACCACACAGAGUUGAAUUUAAUACCUGUUUCAUUUAGAAAUGCUGAAUCAUUUAGUUCAUGAAUUUAUUGACAUCUGUAUCACAUUUUUAUUAUUUUUUUUUUUUUUUUUAGUUCCAGCUCCUCCGUUCUGUGUAACAAUAAUUUCAGCUCAUAUCUUUUUAUCACGACCUUGAAAAGCAGCAGAAACUGGAUGAAUGGAUUUAUGGAUUAUCCAAUUAAAGAAAAUACCAAACUGGAACAAUAA